AUGGUGCCCCGGAAAUACUUGCCGCCCGUGGUUCGGCCUUACAAAGUAGCCCUGACAUUGGCCUGCAUGGAAUUGGCGUCCGGGAUCGCGCUGUCCUUGUUGGCUUUGUGGCUUCUGAUGUGGGCACCCAAUGCGGACCCGAGGCAUAAUCCUUAUUGGAGUGGACUCACUCUUGCUCUUUCUGGUGGAUUAAGCCCAUUGAUGUUAAGCUGCUGCCGAAAGGAAUAUCCUGGAUCUAAUGAAUAUUGUGUUGCAGCUUUCAAGAUCAUCUGCAUUUUAGCUAGUGCUUUAGCUACAGUAUUAUGCUUUGUGGCUUGCCUUUACGCAGUUCUGCACCUUAACUCCCUAUCAGAUAUGACUUGUGAGCCUGGUAACCUGAUGAACACAACCUGCAUGUGUCGCCCAUCUGGUGAACUGAUCGCCCCCGAAACUCGAGCCGAGGCCAGGACUCAAUUUAAAACAUUGGAUUUAAAUAAAGACAAGCUCCUCAUUCAAAAUGUGACGGAAUCCCAUACAAGGAAUGAUAUGACAGUAUACUGGUAUUAUUAUAAAGAUUUGAAUUGUCAAGAUGUCCAAGGGCCGUGGACAGCAUUGAUGUACGUUUCUGCUACGUUAAACGGAGUAGGAGUUGUCGUUUGUUCAGUAUUUCUGUAUCUGUUCUGGGCCAGCCGAAAAGAAUACAAGUACGCCAAAGUCAAAACGAGAGAUAACCAGAACAUCGUCAUCCACCAGGCUGACUCAUGA